AUGCUCAAAAGGAAGCAGAGCUCCAGGGUGGAGGCCCAGCCGGUUACUGACUUCGGUCCGGAUGAAUCUCUGUCGGACAAUGCAGACAUACUCUGGAUUAACAAGCCAUGGGUUCACUCUCUGCUGCGCAUCUGCGCCAUCAUCAGCGUCAUUUCCGUCUGUAUGAACACGCCCAUGACCUUCGAACACUACCCUCCUCUGCAGUACGUGACCUUCACUCUGGACACGCUGUUGAUGUUUCUCUACACCGCGGAGAUGAUGGCAAAAAUGCACAUCCGGGGCAUCGUCAAGGGGGAUAGUUCCUAUGUGAAAGAUCGCUGGUGUGUUUUUGAUGGAUUUAUGGUCUUUUGCCUUUGGGUUUCACUGGUGUUACAGGUAUUUGAAAUCGCUGAUAUAGUUGAUCAGAUGUCCCCUUGGGGCAUGUUACGGAUCCCACGGCCACUAAUUAUGAUCCGGGCAUUCCGGAUUUAUUUCCGAUUUGAACUACCAAGGACCAGAAUUACAAAUAUUUUAAAGCGAUCAGGAGAACAAAUAUGGAGUGUUUCCAUUUUCCUCCUUUUCUUUCUACUUCUUUAUGGAAUUUUAGGAGUUCAGAUGUUUGGGACAUUUACCUAUCACUGUGUCGUGAAUGACACGAAACCAGGAAAUGUAACCUGGAAUAGUUUAGCUAUCCCAGAUACACACUGCUCACCAGAGCUGGAAGAAGGCUACCAGUGCCCCCCCGGAUUUAAAUGCAUGGACCUCGAAGAUCUGGGACUUAGCAGGCAAGAGCUGGGCUACAGUGGCUUUAAUGAGAUAGGUACCAGCAUCUUCACCGUGUACGAGGCUGCAUCACAGGAAGGCUGGGUGUUCCUCAUGUACAGGGCCAUCGACAGCUUUCCCCGCUGGCGUUCCUAUUUCUACUUCAUCACCCUCAUUUUCUUCCUCGCCUGGCUCGUUAAGAAUGUGUUUAUUGCUGUCAUCAUUGAAACAUUUGCAGAAAUCAGGGUACAGUUUCAACAGAUGUGGGGAUCGAGAAGCAGCACUACUUCGACAGCCACCACGCAGAUGUUUCACGAAGAUGCUGCUGGCGGGUGGCAGCUGGUAGCCGUGGACGUCAACAAGCCCCAGGGACGCGCUCCCGCCUGCCUCCAGCAAAUGAUGCGGUCAUCCGUCUUCCACAUGUUCAUCCUGAGCAUGGUGACCGUGGACGUGAUAGUGGCUGCCAGCAACUAUCACAAAGGAGAAACCUUCAGGAGGCAAUAUGACGAGUUCUAUCUUGCGGAGGUGGCUUUUACAGUUCUCUUUGAUCUGGAAGCACUUCUGAAGAUAUGGUGUUUGGGAUUUACUGGCUACAUUAGCUCCUCUCUCCACAAAUUUGAGCUGCUGCUCGUCAUUGGAACCACUCUUCACGUAUAUCCAGAUCUUUAUCAUUCUCAAUUCACAUACUUUCAGGUCCUUCGAGUGGUUCGGCUUAUUAAAAUUUCACCUGCAUUAGAAGACUUCGUGUACAAGAUAUUUGGUCCCGGAAAAAAGCUCGGGAGUUUGGUUGUAUUUACUGCCAGCCUCUUGAUCGUUAUGUCAGCAAUUAGUUUGCAGAUGUUCUGCUUUGUUGAAGAGCUGGAUAGAUUUACGACGUUUCCAAGGGCAUUUAUGUCCAUGUUCCAGAUCCUUACCCAGGAAGGAUGGGUUGACGUCAUGGACCAAACGCUGAAUGCCGUGGGACACAUGUGGGCACCUGUGGUCGCCAUCUAUUUCAUUCUCUAUCACCUCUUCGCCACUCUGAUCCUCCUGAGUUUGUUUGUUGCUGUUAUUUUGGACAACUUAGAACUUGAUGAAGAUCUAAAGAAGCUUAAACAAUUAAAGCAAAGUGAAGCAAAUGCGGACACCAAAGAAAAGCUCCCUUUGCGACUUCGAAUCUUUGAAAAAUUCCCAAACAGACCGCAAAUGGUGAAAAUCUCAAAGCUUCCUUCAGAUUUUACAGUUCCCAAAAUCAGGGAAAGCUUCAUGAAGCAGUUCAUUGAUCGCCAGCAACAGGACACCUGCUGCCUCUUACGAAGCCUUCCGUCUGCCUCUUCCUCAUCCUGUGAUCACUCCAAACGGUCUGCGAUUGAGGACAACAAGUACAUUGACCAAAAACUUCGCAAGUCUGUCUUCAGCAUCAGGGCAAGGAACCUUCUCGAAAAGGAGACCGCAGUCACUAAAAUCUUACGAGCUUGCACUCGACAGCGCAUGCUGAGCGGAUCAUUUGAGGGGCAGCCAGCAAAGGAAAGGUCAAUUCUCAGCGUGCAGCACCACAUCCGCCAAGAGCGCAGGUCAUUAAGACAUGGAUCAAACAGCCAGAGGAUCAGCAGGGGGAAAUCUCUUGAAACUCUGACUCAAGAUCAUUCCAGUACAGUGAGGUACAGAAACGCACAGAGAGAAGACAGUGAGAUAAAAAUGAUCCAGGAGAAAAAGGAACAAGCAGAAAUGAAAAGGAAAGUGCAGGAAGAGGAGCUGAGGGAGAACCACCCGUACUUCGAUAAGCCCCUGUUCAUCGUGGGUCGCGAGCACAGGUUCAGAAACUUCUGCCGGGUGGUGGUCCGGGCUCGCUUCAACGCAUCUAAAACAGAUCCGGUCACAGGAGCUGUGAAAAAUACAAAGUACCAUCAACUUUAUGAUUUGCUGGGAUUGGUGACUUACCUGGACUGGGUCAUGAUCGUCGUAACCAUCUGCUCCUGCAUUUCCAUGAUGUUCGAAUCCCCCUUUCGAAGGGUCAUGCACGCGCCUACUUUGCAGAUUGCCGAGUAUGUGUUUGUGAUAUUCAUGAGCAUUGAGCUUAAUCUGAAGAUUAUGGCAGAUGGUUUAUUUUUCACUCCGACCGCUGUCAUCAGGGACUUUGGUGGCGUCAUGGACAUAUUCAUAUAUCUUGUGAGCUUGAUAUUUCUUUGCUGGAUGCCUCAGAACGUGCCUGCGGAGUCGGGCGCUCAGCUCUUACUGGUGCUUCGCUGCCUGCGACCCCUGCGGAUAUUCAAGCUGGUGCCUCAGAUGAGGAAAGUUGUUCGAGAACUUUUCAGCGGCUUCAAGGAAAUUUUUCUGGUCUCCAUUCUUUUGUUGACAUUAAUGCUUGUUUUUGCAAGCUUUGGAGUUCAGCUCUUUGCUGGAAAACUGGCCAAGUGCAAUGAUCCCAACAUUAUUAGAAGGGAAGAUUGUAAUGGAAUAUUCAGAAUUAAUGUAAGUGUGUCCAAGAACUUAAAUUUAAAAUUAAGACCUGGAGAGAAAAAACCUGGAUUUUGGGUGCCCCGUGUUUGGGCGAAUCCUCGGAACUUUAAUUUUGACAACGUGGGCAAUGCUAUGCUGGCAUUGUUUGAAGUUCUGUCCUUGAAAGGCUGGGUGGAAGUGAGGGAUGUUAUUAUUCAUCGUGUGGGGCCGAUGCAUGGAAUCUAUAUUCAUGUUUUUGUAUUCCUGGGUUGCAUGAUUGGACUGACCCUUUUUGUUGGAGUAGUUAUUGCUAAUUUCAAUGAAAACAAGGGGACAGCUCUGCUGACUGUAGAUCAGAGAAGAUGGGAAGAUUUGAAGAGCCGCCUGAAGAUAGCACAGCCUCUUCAUCUACCACCUCGCCCGGAUAACGAUGGUUUUAGAGCUAAGAUGUACGACAUAACCCAGCAUCCAUUUUUUAAGAGGACAAUCGCGUUACUCGUUCUGGCCCAGUCGGUGCUGCUGUCUGUCAAGUGGGACGUCGAGGACCCAGUGACUGUUCCUUUGGCAACCAUGUCGGUCGUUUUCACGUUCAUCUUUGUUCUAGAGGUUACAAUGAAGAUCAUAGCGAUGUCACCUGCUGGCUUCUGGCAAAGCAGAAGAAAUCGGUAUGAUCUGCUGGUGACAUCACUCGGCGUUGUCUGGGUGGUACUUCACUUUGCCCUCCUGAACGCGUACACCUACAUGAUGGGCGCAUGCGUGAUUGUCUUCCGAUUUUUCUCUAUCUGUGGGAAGCACGUAACACUAAAGAUGCUUCUCCUGACAGUGGUGGUCAGCAUGUAUAAAAGCUUCUUUAUCAUAGUGGGGAUGUUCCUGUUGCUGCUGUGUUAUGCGUUUGCUGGCGUUGUCUUAUUUGGUACUGUGAAAUAUGGAGAGAACAUUAACAGGCAUGCAAACUUUUCUUCAGCUGGCAAAGCUAUUACUGUACUGUUCCGAAUUGUCACAGGAGAAGACUGGAACAAGAUUAUGCAUGACUGUAUGGUCCAGCCCCCCUUCUGUACUCCAGAUGAAUUUACAUACUGGGCAACAGACUGUGGGAAUUAUGCUGGGGCACUUAUGUAUUUCUGCUCAUUUUAUGUCAUCAUUGCCUACAUCAUGCUGAAUCUGCUUGUAGCCAUAAUUGUGGAGAAUUUCUCCUUGUUUUAUUCCACUGAGGAGGACCAGCUUUUGAGUUACAACGAUCUUCGCCACUUUCAAAUCAUAUGGAACAUGGUGGACGAUAAAAGAGAAGGGGUGAUCCCGACUUUCCGCGUGAAGUUCCUGCUGCGGCUGCUGCGGGGGAGGCUGGAGGUGGACCUGGACAAGGACAAGCUCCUGUUCAAGCACAUGUGCUACGAGAUGGAGCGGCUGCACAACGGCGGAGAUGUCACCUUCCACGACGUGCUCAGCAUGCUCUCCUGCCGGUCGGUUGACAUCCGGAAGAGCUUGCAGCUGGAGGAGCUGCUUGCGAGGGAGCAGCUGGAGUACACCAUCGAGGAGGAGGUGGCCAAGCAGACCAUCCGCAUGUGGCUGAAGAAGUGCUUAAAGCGCAUCAGAGCCAAACAGCAGCAGUCCUGCAGCAUCAUCCACAGCCUGAGGGAGAGCCAACAGCAGGAGCUGAGCCGCUUUCUGAACCCGCCCAGUAUCGAGACCACGCAGCCCAGUGAGGACCAGAACGCCAACAGUCAGGAUAACAGCAUGCAACCCGAGACGAGCAGCCAGCAGCAGCUUCUGAGCCCCACCCUGUCGGACAGGGGAGGGAGUCGGCAGGACGCGGCCGAGGCCGGCAAGCCCCAGAGGAAGUUCGGGCAGUGGCGCCUGCCCUCGGCACCAAAACCAAUAAGCCAUUCGGUGUCUUCGGUCAACUUACGGUUUGGAGGGCGGACCACCAUGAAAUCUGUUGUGUGCAAAAUGAACCCCAUGACGGACACAGCUUCCUGUGGUUCCGAGGUUAAGAAGUGGUGGACCAGGCAGCUGACGGUGGAGAGUGAUGAAAGCGGAGAUGACCUUCUGGACAUUUAGAUGGAAACCAAUGCAGGUGAAAGUCCACUGGUGAAAACUGACAUGUUCUUUCAUUGUCCAGUGAGCAGUCCGUAAUUGGUGUAUAAUUUAAGUCCAACUUGUAACAAGAGUUUUUUAAACUGAUUUCUGUCCCACCAUAGGAAGGCAUAAAACUGGGUCUGUCAAAGCUGUAUGUGUGAUGGGUUAUGACCACGUGUUCAAGAGAAUCUGCCCAAUAGCGAUAUCCAUAAUAUUAGAAACUAUACCAAUUAUACCAGCUGUAGAUCAUUCAAAAUUUCAUGUAUUCUUUGUGAAGUCAGAGAUAUUCACGUGUGUUCUUAUGCUUUAUUACCACCCCUGAAAGCGUGUUUAGCCCAAAGUGGCUGAUAUUUAUGGUGCAGGAGCUGUAGCUUUAGUUCACGUUUUUCCCACUUCCUCCAGAAAUACUUCUCUUGGGAGAAUUUAUGAUUUAUGAUUGAUCUGAAAAGGUCAGCACCAAGCUCAUGCUAAAAUGAUAGUAGUUUCACAAACUACAGAUUUUGAAUUUUAAAAAGUAUAUUCUUUUUCUCAAGUUAUUUUUUAAAAUAUGCACAAGCUAUUUAGAGAUCAGAACAAGUCAGUGUCUGUCCCCGGUCACUCAGCAGAACUGUGGCCUGCUCCCAAGAGACCUGCACAUGCAAGGACCAAGCAAAGAAAGGGGCCCCACAAGCUGACUGAUUUAAAACGAACCUGUACAUAGAUCACUUGGGGGACAUGGUUACAUAAAGAUGUUGAAUUUCUUAAAAGACCUUUUAAUAACAGAGCUUAGCAAGAAGAAUAAA